GUCGCUACAGUGUGGCUGCAGUAAGCGUCAGGACGGUCGGAGUUGUGUAUAUAAUACGCAUUUUGUGUUAUUAACAGACCGCUGACGGUAUGAAACACGCAAGAGUCGUGCAGUGAGCUCGGAAUACAUCCUUUCUGAAGUGUACAGGUCGCUGUCACCUGAUCCCACCACUACCUGGCAUGGCCUCGACGAAUGUAAUGUGAGAAUUUCAGCAAUUUCCACUGCCCAGGUCCAUAAUUCCACUUUACAGCACGGAUGGAUUCCUAUCAUUUCCACUUCGAGAGAAUGAGUAACAUUGACCUACAUCCUCUAAGUCUUCCGGUUAGUCGACUCUCACCGGCCAAGUCCAGUAGCAGUAUUGAUCAGUAUACCCACCACCACAGCAAAGGGGACUCUGCCUAUAGCUCAUUCUCUGGAGGUUCCACAGUCCCUGAUUACCCCUCUCCCUUCCUACUGGAUGAACUCCAGUCGCACAGUCUGCACUACACCGAUCUGAAAUAUGCGAAAGCUAAAUACAGCCCAACCUUUCUUCAAUCAGAUUCAAAGAGCAUGGACCACCUUUACCGUUCCAUGGAAGCCAUUGUGCAACAGCACCAUCAGAGCAGCAAUGGCUGCUCUAACAUUGAAAGUCCACCAGUUCCUACGCAUCCUUUACCACCCCCACCACCACCUCUACGUCUGGACAGUUUUGUAACAACCAGGAACCUUGAAAACUCAAGGGCACGUCAGAGUCCCGAAGGACAGUUUGAUGAUAUUUCUACUUCACAACAGACAGGUAAUCCCGAGGUAUUUGGUGUCCGGGCUGAGCCCGUCUAUGGUCACGUAUUUUCACAGAAUUGUCAGAGAGAUCUGCUCAAGCAAGAUCUUGGGGACAAGGUUAUUGAACCACCAAAAUCUACAGGCAUUUUAAGUAGAUUAGCCCUGCAAACCUGUCAGCAAGAGCACUUGCAGCAGUCUUUGAGUGGCCAUUCUGAAACUCAGCGGAAGAGGUCGCAUUCAGCUUAUGGGGGUCCUGUUUCUGAGCAGCAAUGCUAUGUCAACUCCGUCCAUAUGCCACAGAACAUGAUCAGUGGAAGUAUUCAGCACAAAGGGCAAUUUUAUUUUGUUACCGGUGUCUUCAAGUCCUCUGAGCCCAGUGUCAUGCAAAGUGUUGGUGACAGUGCAAGCAUGGAAACCUCUAGUGAGUGGUCUUAUAAAGCUCAGCGUAGAAGGCAGAGCUGUCCCAGUGGUCCGAGUGGUAGACUGUUUUUUCAAGAGGAUCACAAUUUCACCUUUCAGAAUGAAGUUGUGGAGCAUCCAUCUUAUAAGUCAGAGCAGACCUCUCAAGGUGUGGAGGACAAGAGGGUCAUAAGUAGAGAAACUGGCAGACAUCACUCUUCCAGCCACCCUAUCUUCUACUGUGGUCCAGAGGACAGUUUGGUUGGUAAAAAGAUAACCCCUGCUCUGAUUAAAGAAGACCAUACCAGUCGCCCCAAGAAUGAAGAACAGUUGACAAGAAAUUCAAGACGGCCUCAAUUGGAUGUUCCAAGUGAGAAGAUCAGCAAGGAGACAACCCCACUUUUAUACCACCUCACGGGAGCCAACAGGGCAUCAUUUACAAGCAAGUUCAAAAACAAUAGUGAUUGUGGAAUGGAAAUCAAGAGUCCAGACUGUGGCAAAGGUAAGCAGAAGGCAGGAAAAGAUGGGCAAAGCUCUAAUAACAGUGAAUAUCGUCAGAGUGAAAUGUUUAAAGAAGAACAACCAAAUGAUUUUUCCUACCCAUGCGGUACCUUAGAUGACUCCUACAAAAAGUAUUACAAGGAGAAACUGAAAGAUGCCCAAUCCAAGGUUUUGAGGGCAACAUCCUUUAAAAGAAAAGAUUUGCAACUCUCGUGGCCCCACAGAAUCAAGCAGCAGACAAACAAAAAGCUUUCUGUCAUACAUGCUGGUCCACUAUCACAAAAGUCCAUCUUAGACAAUCCCACCCCACAAGUGCACAAGCCUCAAGGAACAGAGGAGGAGAACAUAAAGGACCUUGGUCAGGAGAUUGAGAAAGGAAUGGAAAAGGAAAUGGAGAAGCCACGGAAUAUUGCUCAACAACAAGUGCCUCGAGUAGGGUCUAGGAAACGUUUGACGGCAGACCAGAAAAAGCUUUCUCAUUCUGAACCUGAGAAGCUACACCAGCUAUCAGAUGAACCUGCUCAUAUGACCUGCCACUCUCUUGGAAAUGAAGGGGAAGGUCUACUUUCAGAGGGUGAUCACGGUCAAGUGGCUGCCAGGCGGAAGAUGCUUGAAACACGAGGACGUGCUCUGUCUGCCUCCAACUUCUCAAAAUCAAGUCUGAAGCACCUUCAGCAUAAGGCCUUGGUAGCAUACAUGGAACGUAAAACUGGUCAAAAGGUAGCUGAACCCCAGCAGCCAGUUCCACAAGUACCCAACCAAAGGAAUUCAACUGCAGGGUUGCUAUCUGACUGGAGCUCCAGACAUAACUCUGGCAUUGCAGGCUCCAAGAAUCUCUACAGGCCUCUCUCCGCAGGUCGCAUUCUUGACUCUGUGUCAAGUUCUGUUAAAUAUGCCCAGUUCAUCACUGCUCAGUCUAGCAUUCACUCAAGGCAGUCCAGCUCAAGAGAGGAGUCCCCUACAGCAGGGAAGUCUGCCUCUGUGGAGAGUCUUCUAGACCAGCCUGAACAGCCUGAGUUCUUUCGGGCGCGCAGCACCUCGACUCCCCAUGUUUUCCACGUUCGAAAACAUCAAGAUGAGUUCUCAACCAGUCAUAACAAGGACAUUUUAAGUUUUCAGAGAAAAGUAGAGGAAGAUACUGUGGUCCAUCACAGUCGUACAGCAUCUGUUCCUGAUGACCGGUGGGCACGAAUGAUCACUCCAAGAGGGAAGUCUAUGGAGGAACUUGGAGUGGGGAAAAUCUCAAAUCCCAAAGUUCUCAGCAAGAGCUCAGAGCAGCUUGACCAACAGCAGAACAAGCAGGCUAUGUCUGUAAAAGAGAAGAGAAUCAGUAAAGGACAGAAACACAUGGAGAGUAUGUUAAAUCAAAGCUGUUCCCCCAUGCUGAGCUCUGAAGAACACUCAGAUAAAUCUCAGGCAGGUCCUGAGAAGCAACUCUCUAAGCAGCCAUCUCCAACACCAGACUCUUCAGCAGUUUCUUACUCCCAGCUCAGAGCUUUGUCCUCUCCACCUGACUCAAAUGAAUUCCAUAGCAUUGUCUCUGUAAAUCAUAUACCCUCCCGUGAGGAUGAAAUCAAUAUGGCUGUACGCCGCAAAGGAACUAAAAAUAGAGAUGACACAGUUGUGCCCAUGUCUAGUCAUCCCAUUGUAUCCGGUGAGAUCAAGCGGGAUAUCAGAAAAGAGCAGGAGGUUUCUCCUCAGGAUGUGAGUGAGGCACCUGUAUCUGCUCAAGAAGUUUCCCUUAGUCUUGGAGUCACAACAGAUCCCAGUUUAUGGAUCUCAACACCUGAGACAAAUGAAACAGAGGCAAACAAUUGCCGAUCUACUGAAACAGCAACUAUUGAUGAACCCCGAAAUGCAGUGCCUACCCCAUGUAGUUUGAUUGAAAGCACACCUAUAACUACAGUUCCUGUUAUUCUGGGAGUGGAGUCCAGUGAGACAACGGCACUUAGUAGGGAAGAUGGGUCUCUUGUGUUUGAAAGCAAGGAAUGGAAGGAUCCAAAAGUCAAACUAGAGUGGGAGGUGCUAGUUCAGGAGGUAGUUUCAGCUGACCAGUCAUUAGCUCGCAGUCUUUACCCUUUAACCAAUCGGAAGACAGCUCUCAUGCUGAUGGAGCAGCUGUUGUCUGAGGAUACUCUUCUAAUGGAAGAACACUACAAGAAGAAACAGGAGAAGAAAGUUAAUAACCCAGAGAAAUCUGCACACAGCACUGAGACGCCAGAGGAUGACAAACCAGCGAACCCUCUCUCAUCUCUGAAAGAUGACGCUGCUCUCUCAAACAACCAAAAAGACAAACUGUGCAACACAGAAAUAGACAUCAUAGAAAAGAAGAGACAGCUAAUAGCACAUAUAGAAGAGCGUUUGAAGUCUCUAGAGGAGGUCGGCUCCACUCUGCAGGACGAGGAGAAGGAGAACGUGGCACGGGGCAAUGCUAUGGAGACUCUGGUGCGAGAGAGCUGUGUCCCCGCUGAGCUAGAGCGCUACACACAGUUUAUUGGAGACCUGGAGCGGGUGGUCAGUCUACUGCUGUGUCUGUCAGCACGCCUCGCCCGAGUGCAGAAUGCCCUCAGAACUGUGGAUGACAACAUGGACACGGAGGAGAAACAAUCGCUGGACAACCGCCAUCGUCUGCUGUGCAAACAGAGAGAUGACGCCAAAGACUUAAAGGACAACCUGCACCGAAGGGAGCGCCUGGUGUCCACCUUCCUCUCCAAACAGCUGACGGACACACAGCUCCAGGAGUACCGACGCUUCGUCCAGACCAAGGCCUCCCUGCUCAUUCGGCAAAAAGACUUGGACGAGAAGCAGCGUCUAGGAGAGGAACAGCUCGAGGCUUUACUUAACAGUAUGCCGUGAUGAAAGGUCUCUAUCCAGUGAGAUCAGCACCUCCAGAGACUCUAUGAACUACAGAUCUCCCAUGAAGUGUCCCAUGGGCAUAACACUGGCUAAUGACAUGGGUCUGAGUGUGCCUUUCAAACAUGACCACUUGUUUCCCUGAGACUGUAAUAACUUCGAAACACUUUGUUUCAUGAUGUGUUUAAUGUUAAGCUGAUGCCAUGGAAAGCUUUAAAGGAAUAGUUCACCCAAAAUACAUAUUCUGUCAUUAUUUACUUACAGUUUGAUACCCAUAUGACUGUCUUUCUUCUGUGGAAUGCAAACGGAGAAAUUUUGAGGAAAGUACUCAUCGCUCUUUUCCAUGCAGUUACAUUGAAUAUAGACUGGAGCUUUCAUGCUUCAAAAAGGAAGCAAAAGCAUCAGAAAAGUGGUUCACACGACUCAUGCGUUAUAUAUCAAGCCUUCUGAAGCCAUAUGACAGCUUUGGAUAAGAAACAGACUGAACUUUACAUUGUUAUUCACUAAUAAUCGUGCCGUCCAGUGAGCUGAACUCGAGAACCAGAUCAGUCCGGUUCAUGAACGAACCAUUCAGACUGGUUUUGUGAACUGGAUCAACUGAUUCAUUGAAAAGAGUCUAAAGAACGAUUUGGAGAUCACUACAUCUCUUAUGAACUCUCAUGAAAGUCAAACAGGUUUGAAACAACAUGAGUAAGUGACAUCACAAUUUUUUGGGAGAGCGAACUGUCCCUUUAAAUUUAUUAUGAGAUUAAAGUAGAUGAACUAGGAAUAUGCCAUUUUUGAUAUUUGUGUUUGUUUUCAUUUUAUACUCUCAGAGCACUCUAAAAUGAUGACCAAAAAGGAAGAAAAAGCACUUUUGAUACUAAUCUGCACAAACUUAUUAGGAACAUCAAAACAAUAUUGUAAUCCAUCCCAAGUGUUUAUUCUUACUGAUUUCAGGUCUUAAUUCUUUUGACACUUGAUGCUACAUCUGUCGUAGUGUAGCUUUUCAUCCAUGAUUUUUUUGUUUGUCCAGUAAUUUAAUGUGACACUAUCAUGUUGAAUGUAUUUAACGAUAAAGUACCUUAAAAGAAUUGUGUUCUGUCCUUAAGAUUCUCUUUUAAAGUUGUGUUGUGUUGGAUAUUUUAAAUGAUUGGGGUGUAUCAUACGUUUUAUUUAACUGCCAUCAUUGCACAUUUGUGUACUGAGACUCUGAAUCAACAGCAAAGCAAACAUGUUUUUUUUGUACUAAUCACAGUACUUAUGCUGUAAGGACAUGUUACUAACACACCAAUGUUAGUUGAACAUACGUUAACAUGCUAACAGCAAACGUUGACAAAUGUUGGAGCAACUUGUGCAGUGUCGGGUAGUAUCAGAUUACUUGUCAUCUGGAUUAGAUAAUAAGGUUACAACAGUCAAGUACUUGUAAUCAGAUUGCAUUUUAAAAUGUGGGUAACCAGAUUACUGUUAAUUUUUUAUGGAUUACAUGAUUACAUUUUUGAUUAUAUUACAAAUAAACCAGCAGCAAUAACUAGUGCGUUAUUUACUUGUACAAAUAUGUACGUGUAAAUUUUACAUACAAAUGCAUAUGAAUAGCAAGUUGCUGUUUUAUCUCAUGUUUACUAAUGUUUAAUAUGUGUUAUAAUACAUUUGGAACUGAAUACAUUAAAUUAGUGAUAAGAUUAUCAAAACAUGUAAUCCAAUAGAAAUCAGAUUAGAUUACCCAAAAAGUGUAAUCUAAAUAAUUUACAUUACUGAUUACAAUUUUACUCAUGUAAUGACUGGUACUGUAAUCUUAGUACCAGAUUACAUUUCAGUAGUAAUACACCCAACACUGAACUUGUGCUAUUUGUAACAUUUUACUGUUUUUUGUAGCUGAAAACAAACAUUUAUUUUCGAGCAAUAAGCCACAAGAUGUGAAACAGAGUGCCUAAAACCCCCAUUAACCGUGGUAAAAUCACUGUAACGCUCUCCAGUGCCUUAUUGCUUUUAUAAAAUGGUGGCAACAGCAAUAUGCAAAAAGACACCAAUGCUCCAUAAUAUUAUUAACUAUAUACUUUUAUUAAUAAUUGGAUAACAGUUCUUCCACCAAGGUUAUUUGCCUAACUGUAGGUUGUUUAUGGCAAUGUGCAUUAAUACACUGACAGUCAAAAGUUUGGACACAAUUCACUUAAUUUAUGUUUCUCAUGUUCCUGUAAAAGGAAAAACCUUUUGAUCUGAAGGUUUAUGCUUUAAUACUUGAAAUUAGUUUUGUAGACAAAUAUACAUUUUGCCUAUGUAUGUAUUUCAUGAAAAAAAAAAAAAAAGACAUAAAAUACUAUGUAUUAUAAACUCAGGACCACUUUAUUAGGUACAUCUGUACACCUACUUACUCAUGCGAUUAUCUAAUCAGCCAAUCGUGUGGCAGCUGUGCAACGCAUAAAAUCAUCCAGAUACGGGUCAGGAGCUUCAGUUCACGUUCACAUCAACCAUCAGAAUGGGGAAAAAAAAUGUGAUCUCAGUGAUUUCGACAGUGGCAUGAUUGUUGGUGCCAGAUGGGCUGGUUUGAGUGUUUCUGUAACUGCUGAUCUCCUGGGAUUUUCACGCACAACAGUCUCUAGAAUUUACUCAGAAUGAUGGAAAAAAUAAAGCAGCAGUUCUGCAGAUGGAAAUGCCUUGUUGUUGAUAGAGGUCAAAGGAGAAUGGCCAGACUGGUUCAGUGGGCACAGGCUCACCAAAACUGGACAGUUGAGGACUGGAAAAACAUCGCCUGGUCUGAUGAAUCUCGAUUUCUGCUGAGGUACACAGGCCCACUGCAGCCACAACUUUCUGUUCUUGGCAUUGAUGAAUACUUCUUGGUGAAAUAUUGCUGUGUCACGCAGCUCAUCUCGCAUAGUUUCUCAUUAAAUUAGACCAAAAUCAUUAUCUAAGGACAAAGAUUAUUUACUCUAGCCAUCACUGUAUAUUAUAUUGUGUAUAUGCAUCUUUCAUAUAGACUACAAAAUGUAUUUUCAGUUACAAGUCUUUUUGUGGUUUGGCAGCUUCAAUAAAAGACCUGUUCAGUGGUACAUACAGAGAAAUUGCACAAUAAAUGUCGCCAUUUCUAAACGUAACUUUGCACAUUUUCAUACACUAACCUGCAAACUCAUUAAAGUCACUUUGUUCAUUCUUGAAGAAGUACAAAACCUUUGUAACUUUGGACUGCCAUCUGCUGCACCGCAUUGAUGCGUCCUGUGUGUGACACCUGUGCCUUUCCUACCCGCGAACGGUCUUAGUAAAUGAUAUAUCACCCUCUUGUGGUCUCCCAAUGCUACUACAUCAGACUGUUAAGCACGCAAAUUAGGCUUCUAAUUUAAAUGUCAACAGAUGUUAAUAUAUCGAUGUCUCAAAAGUAUAGUGUUAAAAUAACAUGCCAAUCAAUAAUCAAUAUAUCAAUAUUUUAUGAUAUCCCUAGUUAAUAGUAAUAAUAAACAGUGUGUAAGUGUGUCCAAACUUUUAUCUGGUAGUGUAUAUAUUGUGUCCAUUUAUCAGCAUUUGAACAGCAAUUUUGAACAGAAUUUAAGAUUUUAUAAAAUGACAUUAUUCAAAGUUUUUUGCACAGUCAUGAUUUACAAGUCAACACUAAUCCACUCAUCUUUUGUCACUCAGACGAGUUGAAAUGAGACGAGAACCGGGUGUAACAUGAUCCUAGCAGGACAAUAGUCAUAUAUCGCUAUAGCAAUGACUGCAGUCGCUACCUUGUUGUGAACCACUCUGAAUACUUCGCAAAUCAGACUGAACGAUUUGGUCACAACAGUAACAGUACACUGAUACAAACCGUUCGAAAGAACCAAAAAUUUAGCGGAAAUGAGUUGGAUUUCCCAUCACUAGUCUAAAAUCAUUUGACCUCCCAAACCUUAAAUUGUAUUGAUGAUAUAGACAUUGCGUUUCAAAAUAUAUUCAAUAGGCUACCAUGUCAAAAUUGGCUGGAAAAUGAACUCUUAGAAAUGUUUUCUCUCACAUUUUCUUAACUUUUUGGGGGGAAUGUAUCACCAUUUGCCAUUUUCGUUUGGUUAAACAAAUCAAAGUUUGCUUGGUCUUUGAACAGAGAAAGGUUAUGAGUUUUCCGUCAAGGGUCCGUGUUUUCAUGGCCUUCAAAUUUUCAUUGUCCACAGAAACGGCACCCUACAACAACAUGGACACAUUCUUUAGAAGCAUCAGAUGCUAUUUCCUGUUGUAUAUAUACAAGUCCACCACCAUUCCCUUUCAUCUGGCAUUGAGCAAUCAGAUGUGUUCUGCGGUCAGAGAUGCUGGAUGUAGCUUAUGAAAUGGUUGUGUGUGAGACUCUUUGCACUGUUUGAAAUCCAUCCAUCACAUUCACUCACUGUCAAUAAUAGCGUUUGUACCAUAUGUAGUGUGCUGUGAAUGUUUAUCAUUGUGUGGACUGUUUUGCUUUGCUUCCCUCUUGUGGUUGUGCUAUGUAUUAUUUGCCUUGGCUCUUUCCAGUGCAUUUGUUAAGUGGAAUGCAUAUUUCCAUUACUUUUGUUAUCAUGUAAAUAAAGAAAAUAAUGAUAUUUCCUGUGCACUUUAAAUUUGUUUUCAUUAGAACUGAAGAUUUUACUCUGUUUAAUAAGGUCUUUGUACACUUACACAAGGAGUCCACAGAGUUUUGUGGAUAACAAACUAUAUUUAAUGUUGAAUAACAGGUUGUUGUUUAAUGAUUUGAUCAUGAUCAGCAAAAAUAAUCUAUACAGGUAAGUUGCAUGAAAACUGUCAAGAAAUGUAUAAGUCAUAUUUCAGCUUACAAUAAAAGAAAAUGAAGCCUAUUUUUAAAAUCAUCAGGGUCUUUUGGCUUUAUGACAUUAUUUUUAUGACAUUUAAACAUAGUUUACUCUAAAAUUCUCUUUAAUGUACAUUUUUGAAGUGCAACUGUAAGUCAAUAGUAGUAUUUGUUGUACUGUCUUUAUGCUGAUUUUAAUAAUAAAAACAUUGU